CCUACCGAUCAAAGCAAAAAUGGAGUCAAAUUCCAAGUUGAAACUGUCCUUCUUCUUCUUCUUCUUCUUCUUCUUCUUCUUCUCUCUCCUCUCUCUCUCUUGUUCAUCUCAAAUUCUCUCUACAAACACCACACCUACAGUAUACGAAGUCCUCGAAAAAUUCGACCUUCCAAGAGGGCUCUUGCCAGAUUCAGUCACUUCCUACACACUCUCAGACGAUGGCAAAUUUGAAGUCAACCUGAAGAAACCGUGCUACAUACACUUUGAUUAUUUGGUUUAUUAUGAAAAAAAGAUUACUGGGAAACUGAGUAUAGGGUCAAUCUCUGAUUUGAAGGGCAUUCAGGUUAAGAGGUUCUUAUUUUGGUUUAAUGUUGACGAGAUCAAGGUUGACUUGCCGCCUUCCGAUAGUAUUUACUUCACUGUUGGGUUUAUUAACAAGGAACUUGAUGUGGAUCAGUUCUUGACUGUUCAUUCUUGCAAAGAUAAGGCUUUAUCGGCUCUGCCUUGCGGCGGCGGCGGUAGUGGGCGACAGUCUUUGAAGAAGAUUUUUCAGAUUCCAACUCCUUUGGAUGAUAUCCCAAUGCUCAUGACGGAAUAGUCUAUGCCAAUUAUGUGUCUCAUCCGAGGAAACAGAGCAUAAUCAUGUAGAAUACUUGGGAUCCUAUGUAGUUUAACUGUAUAUGCAAGGACAUGUAAUAUACUAUAUGCCAUGGAAUGUACGUUGUAUUGGGGGAAAAAACAAGGAAUUUGCUUUAAAUGUACUAUGAUCUACUUGCGUGCUAUCUGAAUAGUCAAUUACCGAAAAUAACUAGAAAUGUCGUUUGCGCA